AUGACCUCUGCUCAACAACACCGCCGUGCCAGCAUCCCUCCCAUACCCGACCUUCGUUUCGAGACGGCGUAUCUGAGCAAGAUACGGCCUUUUGUCCACUUUGAACAAGUACCGGCCCUUCGCGAGGCUUCGGAUGACUUUGAGAAUGACGACGUUUUAUAUGGGAACGAAGGAGAACAGCCGGCGAGAGAUGUGCUGGAGAUUGACUGGAAGAACGUCUUCUGGGUGACGUUCCGGGACCAAGUGCUGACGAUGUGGGUGCAGGGGCCAUCAUCGGCUUUUACCUACGGCCAAUAUACACCCAAGCUGGGCAGAGAUUUAAGCGCAAAGAGGGCGGAGCCGUGUCAUGGCUGA